GGCCUGGCAGGCCACCAUGGCCCUGGGGAGCAAGGCUGGCCCUCGAAAGGGGUGUCAGUGUUUGUAGACUGACUAACUGAUUGACCAAGUUUGGAAGGCCAGCCCUCUGAAGACUGGGGUGUGUCCUACAGGGCCGGAGGAGGGAUUGAGUUACAGUGGGGGGGGGGGGCAGAGUCUGGCCCCAUGCCAGGCCCAGCACUGCCCUCAGGCAGGGUGAAGGCGCCAGCAGUUUGUGGCAGCAUGGACAUCGACAAGCUCCUCCACGCGAUCCAGAGCCACAGAGACCUCCACAUCUGGAUCAUUGAGGAUCUGAAGUUGGUGCCGGUACCCGAGAAGGCUUAUGGGAACUUCUUUGAGGAGCACUGCUACCUCGUCCUCCAUGUCUCACGGAGCCCGAAGGCCAAGAAGGGGACAUCCAGCGACCUGCAUUACUGGGUGGGGAAGGAAGCAAGCGCGGAGGAGCAGACCGUCCUGGGCGCCUUCAUGCAGCGCCUGCAGGAGGCGCUGUGUGACAGCACCGUGCAGCACCGCGAAGUCCAGGGCCACGAAUCCGACUGUUUCUGCAGCUACUUCCGCCCAGGAAUCAUCUACAGGAAGGGAGGCCUGGCCUCUGCCGGCAAGCACAUGGAGACCAACAUAUACAACAUCCAGCGGCUGCUGCACAUCAGAGGCAGGAAGCACGUGUCUGCCACGGAGGUAGAGCUCUCCUGGAAUAGUUUCAAUACGAGUGACAUCUUCCUGCUGGACCUGGGCAAGGUGAUGAUCCAGUGGAAUGGCCCUAAGACCAGCAUUUCCGAGAAGGCACGGGGGCUGGCCCUGACCUGCAGCCUCCAGGACCGGGAGCGUGGUGGCCGUGCACAAGUCGGCGUGGUAGAUGAUGAGGCUGAGGCCCCCGACCUCGUACAGGUCAUGGAAACUGUGCUGGGCUGCAAAGGAGGCAAAUUGCACACCGCCUUGCCCAGCAAGACUGUUACCCUACAGCAGAAAUCCAAUGUCCGCCUCUACCAUGUCCGUGAGAAGGGCAAGGACCUGGUGAUCCAGGAGUUGGCGACUCGUCCACUGACCCAAGACCUGCUACAGGAGGAGGACUGCCACAUCGUGGACCAGGGCGGUUUCAACAUCUACAUGUGGCUGGGACGCAAGUCUGGUCUCCGGGAGAAGGAGGCCGCUUUUGGCAGAGCGCUGGGCUUCAUCCAUGCCAAGGGCUACCCGACCUACACCAGCGUGGAGGUGGUGAAGCAAGGCGCCGAGCCGGCUGCUUUCCAGCAGCUCUUCCGAAAAUGGUCCAAGGAACCUCCUGGGAGCAACCACCUCAGUGAGGCUACGGGUAAACUGAAUCAGGUGAAGCUGGACGUGGCCAAGCUGCAUGUCCAGCCUGAGCUAGCAGCCCAGCUCAGGAUGGUGGACGAUGGGUCCGGGAAGGUGGAGGUGUGGUACAUCCAGGAUGUCAGCAGGCAGCCCGUGGACCCCAAACACCACAGACAAUUAUGUGCAGGCAACUGCUACCUUAUCCUCUACACGUAUUUGCAGAUGGGCCAUGUCCAGUACAUCCUGUACCUGUGGCAGGGUCUCCAGGCUACCGCACAGGACAUCAAAGCCCUGAGCUGCAACGCCGAGGAGCUGGACCUCACGUACCACGGAGCUCUGGUGCAGGAGCACGUGACCAUGGGCAGUGAGCCCCCCCACUUCCUUGCCAUCUUCCAGGGCCAGCUGGUGGUCUUCCAGGGGAGCACUGAGCACAGCAGCAAGGAGCAGCCCAGCCCCACCAUGAGGCUCUUCCACGUGCAAGGAACUGACAGCUACAACACCAAAACAAUGGAGGUGCCAGCCAGAGCCUCCUCCCUCAGCUCCAGUGACGUUUUUCUGUUGGUCACACCUGUUACCUGCUACCUCUGGUUUGGGAAGGGCUGCAGUGGUGACCAGCGUGAGAUGGCCCGCAUGGUGGUCGCUGUCAUUUCUGGGCAGAACAAGGAGAUGGUGCUGGAGGGUCAGGAGCCCCCCCAGUUCUGGGAGGCCCUGGGAGGCCGGGCUCCCUUUCCCAACAGCAAGAGGCACCCUGAGGACAGCUCUGACUUUCAGCCACGGCUGUACGAAUGUUCCAGUCACGUGGGCAGCCUGGUCCUCACGGAAGUGGCAUUCUUUAGCCAGGACAGCCUUGACAAGUAUGACAUCAUGUUACUGGACACCUGGCAGGAGAUCUUCCUGUGGCUUGGAGAAGCUGAAAACCCGUGGAAGAAGGAGGCAGUAGCCUGGGGCCGGGAGUAUCUGAAGACGCACCCCGCAGGAAGGAGCCUGAGCUUACCUAUCGUGCUGGUCAAGCAGGGCCAUGAGCCUCCCACCUUCACUGGGUGGUUUCUCAGCUGGGACCCCUACAAGUGGACGAACAACCAGUCCUAUGAGGAGGUGGUGGAGGGCAAUGUGGGAACUAUAGCCACCAUCACUGAGAUCACAGCUGAAGUCAACAGCUUCCAGCUGCCCAAAUGGUCGAGCAAUGGCAGGGCAGGCCCCUUGGCCCUGAAGGCCUUCAAGGGCUCCCAGGACAGCUCCGAGAGUGAGCUGGAGCAGGGCUCCAAGGCCAGAGGCGGCAGCAGCAGCCCCAGCACCAGUAGUUCCAGAUCCACCGUCAAUGGCUGCUGGCCCCGAGAGCAGCUAAUGCACCAGCAUGCUGAGGACCUGCCAGACGGCGUGGACCCAAACCACAAGGAGGCCUAUCUCUCAGACUCCGACUUCCAAGAUCUCUUCAGGAAGUCCAAGGAUGAAUUCUACAGCAUGGCUAAGUGGCGGCAGCAGCAGGAGAAAAAGCAGCUAGGCCUGUUCUGAAUGCAGGUCUCACCUGGCAGUGGUAUCUCCCUACCCUCAUCAUGGUCAAGGCCUUCACAAGUCCCUCCCUUCCAUUCACACCCCUGAACCCUGGGGAGACCCUGUUGGAACCCCAUCCUCAGAGACUCCUGAGUCACCAUCGCCCUCCCCACUUGUGAGUAAAAGCUAGUGGCUUUCACAGAA